AUGUUCUACUCGCACCAGCUUCUAGCUCGGAAGGCUCCUCUAGGCCAAAUAUGGAUGGCGGCCACGACGCGCGCCAAGAUUAAUAGAAGGAAGCUGUACAAGCUCAAUAUCAUAAAAAUAUGUGAAGAGAUUUUGUAUCCAUCGAUUCCCAUGGCACUGAGACUCUCUGGAAUUCUCAUGGGUGGGGUCGUCAUUGUCUACGAGCGAAAAGUAAGACUCCUUUACGAUGAUUUAACUCGUCUUCUGGAUGAAAUAAACAAAGCAUGGAAAGUUAAGACCGUACCAGAUCCCACUGUCCUCCCCAAGAGGAAAUCUCAGGCUGAGUACGAAGCGGUGACACUGCCUGAGAACCAGGAAACGGAGAUUGGGGAUAUUGAGCAUUCCCUCCUCUUCUCUAAUUCAACCACCUCCAUCGGGUUCCAGCAGGCUGCCUAUUUUGCCAUGCGUCUGGACAAUGUGGAUGAACCCUAUGUCAACUCCAAUCGCAGUGAAGAAGACCAGUUUCAACACUAUCAUCAAGCUGAUGCAGCUAAUAUCACCUUGUCUAAAGGAUUUGAUUCAUCUCAGGUGGAUAGAGGUUUCUUCAACCGUUUUGAAAGGUUUGAUAUUGAAGGAGAUGAGGAAGUGCAGUUGAACUUCACUCCACAAGAUCACACACAAAUCCCAGAUACUCUUAUACCUUCGCCACCUCAUCAAAAUGAGCCUGAAAUAGGCCCCUCUGCAGCUGAUGAAAUGCAAAACCAGCCUCCAGACCUCCAGGUCAAUCAGCAAUCUGAUGAACACCUGAAUGCCGCUCAGGCGCCACGAGAUGAAGAGAGACAAGAGCUAAUAAGAAGGAGAGUAAGAAGACGAGCAGCCUUUCUAAUGGAUUAUGAGCAAACCGUCAUCCCAGGCCUUUUGUACCAGUCCUGGCUUCGGGAUACUUCAGAUAUUGUCUCAAGGAGAGGAAGAAAGAGAAAGAGCAUGAAUUUUAUGUCUACCAUGAAGAUAGCAAACCUCAUGGAGUUGCCACCUGUGGGACUAAUUUCUGGGUUACUGGCAGAUGGAAAUAGAGAAAUCUAUUACCCAACCCCUCUUUUAGAGCAGUGGAUGAGAAGUACCAAACCUGUAGUUGAUUCACAUUCUGGUCAGAGUUCACUUAUUGAAACUCUUGAGAUUCACCUUACUAAAUUAUAUCUGCAUUUUGAGGAUUUCCACGGUGGAGCUGGUUUGAGAUCAACUUCCAUAGAGAAGCAACGUGCAAAUCUCGAAUACAAUGAGAUACCAGCUGAAAGCCUUGUGGAGGAGCUGAAAACGAACCUUUUGAACACUGGAGUGGGGGUAACUGAGGCCAAUGUGAUGGUCACACCUGGAAAUUCUGGAGAUGAAGAUCGAUCCAUUCCCAGCUCUGCAUCUGGACAUGAUUGUGCAUCGCAUAAUUCACAUGUCAUUUCGGCGCGGUUAAAAAGGCCUUAUUCUUCAUCCAGACAUGGUGGGAGUAGCCUUGAACCCGUAGCUGAAGAAAACUCAUGGCAGAAACCAGCAGCAGAACCAAGUUUCAAGUUGACAAGGCUGUCUGAGAUUGGCUCGACACCUGAGCAUGAACUGCUGGCUGAAACUGCGCCCACUCAAACCCAGCUUCCAAUAGUCGAUCAAUUCAUUGACAAGAUAACCGAUUCUAUCCGAAUGCAUCUGAAGACACAUUUUGACACACCGGGGGCCCCUCAAAUCGAAUCUCUGGAAAACCUAGCUUCUGGAAUGAACCGAAAAAGUGCAUCCCAGCUCUUCUACCAGACUUGUGUUCUCGCUUCCCGUGGUUUCGUGAGAGUAGAACAAAAGGUAGCAUAUGGGGACAUUCUCAUCUCUAGAGGAGCACAAAUGUGA